AUGAAGCUAACGUUUUCGGCCAUAAUUGCUGUUUGCAUCGCUCUUGCAGAGGCCGUGCCCUCUGCUAAGAGAGACAUGGAAUGCAAGUCUACGGGCAGGUCCGGUAGACUCAUUGGACACAACAGUGCUACUGGCGCCAAGUCGAUCUUUGAAUUUGAUUCGACUGAUAAUCUUUCCACACUUCACGAAGUUCUCAAGACUGAUCAAGAAUUCGAAUUCUACAGCUGCAAAGCGCCGUCAAACGAAUUUGCUGGUGCUGGAUUCGGUGCUGCUUACGGUCAAAUACGCAGUAAGAAGGACUCAGACAUGUGCGUAACGUCUGGCUCGAUUGUUAUUGGUGGCAAGGAGAAAGGCGAGCCCGAGUUUUUGUUCAUCAACAACGGUCGCGUCACCCUUGAGAAGUGCGCCAAGGAUGGAAUGACACUUCGCCGUCAGUGGUUCGCUGCUUCUCAGGGAGUGCCCAUGUGUCCUCCAACAGUUUCGCUACUUGGAUACCAGUCAGAUGUUCCGCAAAACUUUAUUGGUAUUAAUAAAGACGGCACAGCCCAUCUUGAGGCGAACUUGUAUAAGAACAUGGACGAGUACUUCUACCUUGCUCGUGAUGUAUCAGACAGCUGUAAGUAA